UCUCUCUCUCUCUCUCUAUGUGAACCCCAAAAGCCAAAACCCAUUAUCAAAAGUCGCUUUCUCUUCACAUGUGACUUUAGAUCGACUUUUCUUCUUCUCUGAAGAAUUAGGGUUUCCUUUCCUCUUGUUUUUUUUUCCUCAAUAAGAUUCCUCGCAGACAGGAGAGAGUCAGGGAGGCGGAGACUCCUUUUCGGGGCUCUCUUUUUUUUUUCAACUCUUUUUACUUGUUUUUCCAGAAAGUCAAUCGAUCUACGGGGGUCUGAAGAGAAGUGUCUGAAAGAUGAUGAUGUUCAACGAGAUGGGUAUGUGUGGUGGCAUGGACUUCUCCUCCGCAUCUUUUGGAGAAAUGGAUAUUUGUCCUCCACCACAAGCCGAGCCCGAGUCAGUUGUGGAGGAUGAUUAUACCGACGAAGAAAUCGAUGUCGAUGAGCUCGAGAGGAGGGUGUGGAGGGACAAAUUGCGUCUGAAGCGUCUCAAGGAACAGAGCAAGGGUAAGGAAGGAGUCGAUCCUGCUAAGCAGAGGCAGUCACAGGAGCAAGCGAGGAGGAAGAAGAUGUCGAGGGCCCAAGAUGGGAUCCUGAAGUAUAUGCUGAAGAUGAUGGAAGUGUGUAAAGCUCAAGGUUUUGUCUACGGGAUCAUCCCCGAGAAGGGAAAGCCUGUGACGGGCGCCUCCGAUAAUCUCCGAGAAUGGUGGAAGGAUAAGGUGAGGUUUGAUAGGAAUGGCCCUGCUGCCAUAGCCAAGUACCAAGCUGAUAAUAAUAUCCCUGGGAGCAACGAGGGCAACAACCCACUUGGGCCGACACCAUAUACGUUGCAAGAACUUCAGGAUACAACUCUUGGAUCGCUGUUAUCUGCUCUGAUGCAACACUGUGAUCCUCCACAGAGGCGGUUUCCGCUGGAGAAGGGAGUUCCUCCACCAUGGUGGCCAACUGGGAUGGAAGAGUGGUGGCCUCAACUCGGCUUGCUAAGAGAUCAAGGCCCUCCACCAUACAAGAAACCUCAUGAUUUGAAGAAGGCAUGGAAAGUCGGUGUCUUGACUGCAGUUAUCAAGCAUAUGUCGCCCGACAUUGCUAAGAUCCGUAAGCUUGUGAGGCAAUCCAAAUGCUUGCAGGAUAAGAUGACGGCGAAAGAGAGUGCCACUUGGCUUGCCAUCGUGAACCAAGAAGAGGCCCUUGCACGAGAACUUUAUCCCGAGUCCUCUCUUCCUCUAUCCUCGUCUGGAGGAAGCGGUUCACUUCUCAUUAAUGACUGCAGCGAGUAUGACGUAGAAGGUGUCGACAAGGAGCCCAUUUAUGAUGUGGAAGAUCACAACCCGGAUAAAGUGAUCAAUCCUCCAAACUUUGGAAUGCUUAAUAUGCAUAUUGGCCAACCACAUUUCCCGGUCAAGGAAGAAAUGGCUGGAGAAAACUUAGACUUCAUGAGAAAGAGGAAACCGAGCAGUGAUCUGAACUCGAUGCUGGACAGGAGAAUCUUCAUCUGUGAGAACCUUCAGUGUCCUCACAGCCAGAACAACCUGGCUUUCCAAGACAGGACUUCCAGGGACAACCACCAACUGGUGUGUCCAUACCGAGGGAGUUCCAUAGCAUAUGGAGCAUCCAAGUUUCAUGUCGGUGAAGCAAAGCCGGUUGUUGCAACGCAACCCUUUACUCAGCCGAGGCCAGCAGUCCCCGCCGUUAAUUCAGUUCGACCCUAUGACCUUUCAGGCUUUGGAGUUCCGGAAGACGGGCAGAAGAUGAUCAGCGAGCUCAUGUCCAUGUAUGACAGAAACGUCCAGAGCAGCAACCAAACUGCAUCAAUGGUGGACAAUGAGAACAUAAAUUUUCAGUUAAAACCCCAGAAUCAUCAUCAACAACAACACUUCAACCACGGCGAAGGAAGGACCAUCGAAGGAAGCUUCUUUGAAGACUUGCACAUCCCCAACAAGGACAACACUAGCAAUAACAACGGGAAGAACAUGUUUUUGCAGGGGAAUAGUAACAGUGGCGGAGUUAAGUUAGUGUUUGAGUCUAUGCCAUUCGAUCUGGCUUCAUUUGAUUACCGAGAUGAUCUGCAAGCAGGAAUCGACGGUAUGCGUAAGCAGCAGCAGCAAGAAGUAUCUAUAUGGUUUUGAAGCACAUAAUGUAUGUAUAGUUUAUCUGUGUACUUCUCUCUACGAACACAUCUUCUUCUUCUGGUCUCUGUAUUUGUCUUCUUACUUUUUUUCAUGUGAUGAUGUAACAUUAUGGCUCUUGUUUGUAGUUGUCUCUGAAACAGCGUGUUACCCACAAUCUAUAGGCCCCCUUAUGUUGUUUCCCUGAUUUACUGAACUGGGAAAUUACCUUGGGAUCAA